UUGAUAUAAUUUGAGUGGUAGAAAGCAUUGCGAGGAGAUUGAUUUUAUGAUGAAGAAAAUUCCCAAAAUAAACAAAACCUAUUAAAUAUCCACCACACAGAUUUCGCAGCUUAGCUUCUAGAUCCUCUUGCCCAUUCCAGAAGAAGAAGGGCUCAAAAACCAAACCUAAUUGAACACUCACUCUCCUCUCUGCAAAAUUGUUGGGAGGAUUAAAAUGGGCACAAUUGUAUACACAAGCCCUUGCCUUUGUUGGAAGAUGUGCGCAUCAGAACGACGGCGUUUCAGGGCAAGAGCCUCUGCAUGCUCCAGUGAGGGCACUAAGAGUGACGAAGAAUCCGAGAAGAAGUGUGGCAUGGUUAAUAGAAGGUUUGCUAUGAUUUCUGGAGCUUCAAUGGUGUUGGGGUUUUCAGGAGAGGGAUUAGCUGUUGUGAAACAGGGGCUUUUAGCAGGGAGGGUUCCUGGCCUCUCUGAACCAGAUGAACAAGGUUGGAGGACAUACCGUAGACCGGAUGAUAAGUCUGGAGGGCACGGGGUUGGAUGGAGUCCUAUUAUCCCUUACUCUUUCUCGGUGCCUCAAGAAUGGGAUGAGGUCCCAGUUUCAAUUGCUGAUCUUGGAGGCACAGAGAUUGACUUGAGAUUUGCCAGCCCAAAAGAAGGACGCCUAUUUGUAAUCGUCGCCCCUGUGAAAAGAUUUUCAGAUACUCUUGGAGAGGAUAUCACCAUAGAAGAAAUUGGACCCCCGGAAAAAGUGAUUAAUGCGUUCGGGCCAGAAGUGAUUGGAGAGAACGUCGAGGGGAAGGUGUUGAGCUCCGAAGUAACAGAAGAUUCGGGGAGAAAAUAUUACCAUUUCGAACUGGAGCCACCUCACGUUCUGAUAACCGCAACUGCAGCUGGCAACCGCCUCUACUUGUUCAGUGUAACCGGAAAUGGUCUUCAAUGGAAGAGGCAUUACAGUGAUCUGAAUAGGAUCGCCCGAUCUUUUAGGGUUAUCUGAAAUGUAUAUUGCCAGUCAAGGAAGAAGGAAUUCCUAUAAUCUUGGCAUAUGAAGAGAGUUUGGGCUCUAGAUUUCAGUUUUGAGUAACAAUUAGUUUUGGCAAUUCAUGGUAUCUCACUUGGUACAUACUAAGAAUUGAAGAAAUCUUAGUACACUGCAAUUUAUAUAUUCAUGCAGUUUAAGCUGUUAUGCACAACCAGAAUGCAUUUUGUUUGCUUACCAAUUCCAAUCUUAGUUUCAGCACUUACUACAA